UUAUAUAUAUAUAGAUCAUGCGCUGUGCAUAUGAUCCUCUCACAGAUCUGGGUUUUGUGCCUGUGUGCAUAGCGAGUGAGAGAGAUGGAGGAUCAAGAUUGGAGUCAAUGGCAUCACUUGAUCUUUUGUCAAGAGAUGGAAAACGAUGACCAAAAUUAUGUUGUUUGUUGGCUUUGCAAAGAAUCAGUAUUGGGACGUCCCGCCUACAGAUGCUUGGAAUGCAACUUCCUCCAACAUAAAUCGUGCAUCGAGCCAACACAAGCAAUAAAGAUGGAGGUCAAACAUAAUUUGAGGGAAAGACAUCACUUGAUGUUCAUAGAAGAGGUGGACAAUUAUGGUGGCAAGGAGGAAGUUGUUUGCCCAGGAUGCGAGGAACCGGUUUUUGGUCCCGCUUACAAGUGCUCCAUACCCGGAUGCACCUUUCCCCUCCACAAACCGUGCACCGAGCUAUCCCGCAUGAUACAACACCCCGUGCACCCAGAUCACACCCUUGCUCUUCGAGUGCCAUCAACGGAUAAUUGUUGCAAUGUCUGCGGCAAAUUUUGCGGUGGAUCCUUCUUCUACAAUUGUUCCCCCUGCGAUUUUGACGUCGACAUCAAAUGUGUUUCCCGUUGGCAAUUUAGUGAUGAGGAGUGCCACCAACACGCGCUCUUUCCCAUGCGGAAGCAGAUGCAGUUCACUUGCGAAGCGUGUGCCGAAGAAAGCAAGGAUAUCGCCUACCUAUGUAGCAUCUGCCGAGUCUUGAUUCAUCGUAAGUGUGAUCGAUUUCCACACACUAUCAAAACUAAUACACAUGAUCACACCCUUACUCGCACCUAUUCUCUUCGUCAAGUCGAGAAGCACGACAACGUAUUUUGUAAACUCUGUUAUAAAAGGGUGAAUACAGAGUACGCAGCUUACUCUUGUCGGAAAUGUGGUAAUUACAUUACUCACUUGAAUUGUGCAUAUUGGGUCCAAGACUCUAGUUCGACCACUGAGCCGGUGGCCAGUAAUUCCAUUGGCUAUGAAUCUCAUUUGGUUCAUUUGGUGGAGGGGAUCAAUCUAACGGAGGAUGAAAAAGCUGGUCCUAAGAAGAUCAGACAUUUCAGUCAUCCACAACACAAUUUAAUCCUCACGGAUGAAGAGCUUAUGGAGUAUAAGCGUUGUGAGGCGUGUAUGCAAUUUGUAAUCUCUGGCACCCCGUUUUAUGGAUGUGCCCAAUGCAACUUCUUCCUUCAUGUUAGAUGUGCAAAACUACCCUCAUCGAUUAAGCGAGGGCUAUUUCACCAACAUCCGCUCACACUCCUCUCACAAGCACCUCACACGGGUGGAUUGUUCCGGUGUCGUGCUUGUAGACGUCUUCGCCAUGGCUUCACCUAUAGAUGUGACAAAUGUGUAUGGUACAACUUAGACGUUCAGUGUUGCUUAAUUCCGGAAACCCUUAAACAUGAAGCUCACCAACACUCCCUCUUCCUUGCUAUGAGUUCUUUCGGAACUUGCAAUGCAUGUAGUGAAGGUGGUUCGAAAUUCGUGUGCACUGAUUGCGAGUUCACCUUGUGUUUUAGAUGUGCAACUCUUCCUCUCAUAGCUAGAUAUGAACAUGAUAUACAUCUCCUAACACUCUCCUCUACGCGUGAAUAUGAUCCUGAAGAAUAUUAUUGUCUAAUUUGUGAAGAAGAAAGAGAUCCAGACUAUUGGUUCUAUUACUGUGUAAAAUGUUCAAGACGCAAACAUUUGAAAUGGAGAGGAUCCGUUUCUGCUCAGGACAUGGUGAAAGAGGCCAAUUUGCAGCCUUCGGAAGGCCAUGAUUUUGUGUUGGCCUUUCCCUGUACUUAUCUUAAGACCAAGUUGAAUUUUAUGUGUUAUGACAAUAUGCCAAAUGAGGGAGGGGUUUAUUUAAGUCACGCGGGGAUACACUUUGUUACUUGGUUUUAUAAUCAAGUUUAUGGACAAAUCAUUUGGGGUGGGUUCGGCCACCCCAAAUAUUCUUAGAGGGCAUGGUCAAACGUUUUAUUUAUUAUUUUUUAUUGUGGUGACUCAUGUUAUAAUAUGAUUCCUGUUGACGACAGUAUUCGUAAAAAAUUUACACGGAAGUUGGGUGCA